AUGGCGCGUCCACGUAUACCUUCCCGCUUCGCCAUUGCGUUACUGGCCGUCCGGGGCGUGGCGUCGAUCCUCACAACAUUAACCAUCAUAUUCCUGUUGUACAUGACCAUCAUGCUCGACAAGACAUUUACAUGGUCAUACACGGCAGCCGUGUUUGCCCUCAUCCUCGACACGGCCGAGGCAGCCACAAUCGCAGACCGUCAACGCACAGUACCCCGGAUGCACUGGGGUGCCGUCGCCAUCCUCGAGGUCCUCGUCCUCGGCCUCUGCAUCGGCGGCUGCCUGACCCUGGCGCUGGGCGACCUGGCCGACGGCCUGCAGGAGGACGGGACCUACUUUGCCGACCCGUACCGCAUGUACGCGCUCGCGUGCCAGGCCGCCGUUGCCGGUCUGCACUUUUGCCUGAGCGUUAUGGGCUGCGUCGAGCGGUUCAAGAUCGUCCAGCUGGAGAUGGCGCGGCAGGAAGAGGCCAUGGAGAUUUACAUGGAUGCGGCGGUCGCGGAGUCGGUGGAUUCUCACAGGUCAUGGCGUUCGUACUCGUCCGCGGCCGCGAAGCCGAAGUCGGCCGGCGCAUUGCCGUUGGAGGGAUACCGCGUCUUGGACAUGACGCGGGUCUUGGCGGGGCCUUAUUCCACGCAAAUUCUUGGUGAUUUGGGCGCCGAGGUGAUUAAAAUAGAACAUCCGGUUCGUGGAGAUGAUACCCGUGCCUGGGGUCCUCCCUAUGCCGCCUACAAGCCCGACUCCCCGCUCGCCGGGACGUCGCCCGGCGAGUCGGCCUACUACCUAACCGUGAACCGCAACAAAAAGUCCGUAGGGCUGAGCUUCCAGGAUCCGGUCGGGGUGGAGAUACUGCACAAGCUCAUGGCAAAGUGUGACAUCCUGGUCGAGAACUACCUCCCCGGCGCGCUGAAAAAGUACAACCUGGACUACGCGACAGCGGCCAAAAUCAACCCUUCGCUCAUCUACGCCAGCAUCACGGGGUACGGACAGACGGGCCCGUACGCCGACAGGGCCGGCUACGACGUCAUGGUCGAGGCCGAGUUCGGCCUGAUGCACAUCACGGGCACGAGGGACGGACCGCCAGUCAAGGUCGGCGUCGCCGUCACGGACCUGACGACGGGCCUGUACACCAGCAACAGCAUCAUGGCGGCGCUGCUCGCGAGGCAAAAGUCGGGCAGGGGUCAGCAUCUCGACGUUGCGUUGAGCGACUGCCAGACCGCGACGCUCGCCAACAUUGCAAGCAGCUGUUUGAUAAGCGGGGAGAAGGAUACAGGCCGGUGGGGGACGGCGCAUCCCUCCAUCGUCCCCUACAGAGCCUUCCAGACCCGCGACAGCGCCGUCCUCCUCGGUGGCGGCAACGACCGCCUGUUCGGGAUCCUGUGCGACCGCAUCGGGCGGCCGGACCUCAAGACCAACGCGCGCUACACGACCAACGCGCUGCGCGUGCAGCACCGCAACGAGCUCGAGGAGCAGAUCGAGGCGGUGACGCGCUCGCGGACGACGCAGGAGUGGCUCGACGUGCUGGCCGGCUGCGGCAUGCCCUACGCGGCCGUCAAUGACGUGCAGGGCGCUCUCAAUCACGAGCACACCGUCGCCAGGAACAUGGUGGUCGAGGUCGAGCACCCGAGCUGCGGCACCGUCAAGAUGGUCAACACUCCCGUCAAGUACAGCGAGAGCACGCCCGGCAUCAGGACUGCGCCGCCGACGUUGGGGCAGCAUACGGAUCAGGUCCUGGGAGAGAUGUUGGGGAUGGGCGCGGAGGAGAUUGAGGGAUUGAGGGAGAGGGGUGUGGUCAGUUCUGCUGUUCCGCCACCAGCAUUGGUCGCCCCCGACGUGAAGGAGGAGAAUGCAGCGCCAACAGCCCAAUUAUCAUCAUCAUCAUCAUCAUCAUCAUCAUCAUCAUCAUCAUCAUCAUCACUAUCACCUACGCCAAACAUGACAUCUACAGCACAACAACUCCCACGAACCGAGACACCAGGUUCGUUAAUCGCACCUGGAGCCAGAACUGCAGAGUCGUCAGCCUCGGCCAACACUUCGACGUCUCCCGGGCCGCGCUACCAACAACAGUUCUCUGCCGCGACGCAGAUGAUUCUCAACAGGAUCAAGUGUCAGAGUACCAGCGGCACAAGUUCUGCUAUAAGUUCCACAGCUGCCAGCAUGGCUCCCGGCGUGAUACAACCAUCUACUUUUGCGGACGCUAGGAGACGAUUGAUGGACAGCAUGAGCACCACGACGAUGCAGAUACCGGCUUCGACUGCAGCGGCUGCAGGUGUGCCCGUUCCAAGCACAGCUGUGAUGAACGCCUCCGCUUCGACCGCCUCUGCUUCGGUGCCAGCACCAAGACUAUCUGGUCUGAAUGAGGAGAAUGCGCGAUUCGACGUUCUCCCGGACGCUACUAACCCAGCGGCUCAGUUCCCGUCCACUUCCUAUGCUCGAACUUCUAGUACGAGCAAGUCAAAGGCCGCCUCGAGCAAGAGCGCAAUUGUCAAGGUCAAUGCCGGGUAUGCCCCAGGUCGACACGUUUCCAAAGCCGCUGCAGCCGCAAAGGCAUCGAAGGCUGCGUCUGCACCAAGCACGCCCACGCCUGGAGCAUCGGCAACGGGCGGUGACAAGCCAGCAACCCUGAAACGGGGACCUGGACGACCACCAGGAAGUGGCAAGCCGAAACCACCGCCCUCUGGACGAGGACCUGGGAGGCCACCUGGCUCCGGGAAGGGCAAGGGCACACCUGCUAGCUCUGGCAACAAGCGUAAACGGAGCGUUAGGGACGAUGCAGGACGCGACGGAUCGCCGUCUCCAGAUAUUUCCGACACGGAAUCCCCGCGCAUGGCUCCAACGGCAGCCCCGGCCAGUUCGACGGCCUCGACCCCACUCACAACUACCAAGUCUGGGAGGCAGAUUCAAAAGCCAGAGACGUACAACCCCGUGCAGAUGGACCUGGUCAGCUCGGCCAGCACCAGGAGGACAUACCAGACACCAGAGUCCAAGACGGCGGCGACACCCUGCAGGGCCUGCGGGAGGGUUGCGGAUACCAAGACGAACUUGAUUGUUUUCUGUGACGGGUGCAACUACGCGUGGCACCAAAACUGCCACACUCCGGACAUUGACGAUUCCUUCAUCAACGAAAUGGCCAAGGCGUGGCACUGUGUUGGCUGCGCGACCAAGGCCGGUGAGAAGAAGGAGGGCAAGAAAGCGACCAAGGCGGGAAUUUCCGCAGCGGCGGCUGAGCAGGCUGCUGCCGCUGCUUCCUCCGCGGCGACGAGUAGUUCCAACGUCGGGACGAAGAGCACCAGUACCGGCAAGGUCAGCUGGAUCAAGCGGACAUCCGGUCAGAAACGCGCAUAUCUGAGCAGUCUAUCACACGCCGAUCUGGUCGAGCUAGUCAUCCACUGCACUAACCUGCACCCAAACCUACCCAUAUUCCCUGCCGACGAUACCGGCAGCGCCGUAGGGAUCCCCACGGGCCUUUUGACUACCUCCUCCGCGUCUGGUCCUGGUCCACGCAUUGCAACGGCCACCACCACAGGCCGGAAGCCAGCUGCCGUGAUCAGCAGCUCGGCGAGACCAUCGGAUGAGGGCAUAUGGGAGGACCUGUCAGGCAACUAUAACGCCUGGAAGCGGCCCGACGCAAACGGCGCAUCCACGACGCGGAUCGGGGCGACCCUCAGGGCGCUGGAGGCUAUGGUGGACGCGCACCUCGAGGACCCGGACGACCACGAGUCCUUCAGCCACACCGUCUACGACGACAUUGGUCGUGCGGUGGAGGAGAACGGCAUCACACUGCAGUUACAGAACCAUGCCAGCAGCACCCCCGUCCCGGAGGAGCUGCAGCAAGGCGAUGCCGGAGGCGACAGCACAGCCGGCGGGGCUCCUCGUCGGGAUGUUCCGGUGUCUAGAGGUGUAAAGGGUAGUAGCCGCCGGUGUCCUACAAGGAAUGGGAGUUCGACGCAUGCGACCGCCACGCCGCAGAUGGAUGUCCACAAAAAAUAUGAGAAAGAGGACGAAGACGAGCAUUUAGACAAGCCGACUUACGCUUACGUCGUACAGACGGGUAGCAGUCGUGGGACGAGGCCGUUGGGCCCGGAUGACCGGAGCGCCGAGGCACGUGCCUGGGAUAACAAUGCGAGUGAAUGGGGCAGUUUUGGCCUGGGCAGGGCUGCCUUGAUGGGCGUGACCACGAGGCUCAGGCCAAGGCAGAAGCUGUCGUUCAGAGCAACACAAGUCCCAAAGAGGGAUCUAGCUUGGCACCACACACCAUCUCAUCCGCACCAAUCAGGGGUGACGAUCUACCCCAAACGCCAAGCAUCACAACCGCAACCUCUGCUCCAGCCCCCCGCUUUCGGCCCCGCUGCCGAGAAUCGUCCUGCUUGGAACCGGCUUGGUGGGCCGUGGGUCGAGUAUUCUGCAAAGUCGGCGGUCAAGCUCUCGUUGAACUGCUGA